AUGUCUUCCCGAUCUGGCACCACGCUCUAUGUCACCGGCUUUGGUCACGGCACCCGUGCUCGUGACCUGGCCUACGAGUUCGAGCACUACGGUCGUCUGGUAAGAUGUGACAUCCCUGCUCCACGAACUGCCUCUAGCAGACUCUUUGCCUUUGUCGAGUACGAGAGUCGCCGCGAUGCCGACGAUGCCUACCACGAGAUGCACAACAAGCGGAUUGGCCGAGAUGAUGUUCUGAAGAUCGAGUGGGCUCGUACUCCUCCUUCUGCUACCUGGCGUUAUGAGGCUGGUCGUGACCGUGGCCGUCGAGAACGCUCGCCUCCACGUCGCUCCGGUCGUUCACCCUCACCUCGACGCCGCGACUACUCUCCCCGGAAGGAUGAUCGCCGCGACCGAGACCGCGACGACCGCAGAGAUCGCGACCGAGACUACGAUGAUCGCCGCCGUUCCCGCAGCCCUGCCGACCGUGACCGUGAGCGGGACCGUGACAUGAAGGAUGACCGAGAUCGCCGGGAUGAUGACCGCGAUGCCGGUGCAAACGGAGACGACCGCAAAGGUAUGAUGGAAAUCGACUCAGAAGGAGCUUGGCCCACCAACAUUUGA